AUGACCUUGACCUUUGGGAAACCCCAGAAACCCCAGAAACCCCAGAAACCCCAGAAACCCCAGAAACCUCAGAAACCCCAGAAACCCCAGAAACAACAGAAACAACAGAAACCCCAGAAACAACAGAAACAACAGAAACAACAGAAACAACAGAAACAACAGAAACAACAGAAACAACAGAAACAACAGAAACAACAGAAACAACCCCAGAAACAACCCCAGAAACAACCCCAGAAACAACAGAAACAACCCCAGAAACAACAGAAACAACAGAAACAACAGAAACAACAGAAACAACAGAAACAACAGAAACAACAGAAACAACCCCAGAAACAACCCCAGAAACAACCCCAGAAACAACCCCAGAAACAACCCCAGAAACAACCCCAGAAACAACCCCAGAAACAACCCCAGAAACAACCCCAGAAACAACCAACCCCAGAAGUGUUACUUGGCUUCCUUGCGUUAUGCCCCCUCCUCGUUCGCCCCACCCACCCACCCCAUGUCAAGUUCAUAUAA